CUGUAAGCAGCAUCAUCUUCUAAACUUCUUUGAGGUGUUUCUGGACUAAUUAACUCCUGUUAAUGGAGUUGUUUUUCUGAACGGAAACUAUUACUGGACACGGUUCACAUGUCAUUCAGACCACAAACAGCAGCAGCUGAAUAACUCACCACAAUUUGACAUCCACUACCUACGUAAACAAGUUAAGCCAAUCAACUGAAGUUGUAACAUCAUUGGUGGUUUAGCGUCGAUUGCCUAGGCAACGUGACAAUUAGGCGCUGCAGAAGCGGGGAAGACCCCGGGAAAAGUUACGUCAAACGGAACUCCCCCACCCAGAACUCCGGGGCUACGGAUGGACCUGCCUCCAGAAGCACACACAGACGGGCCUGGCAACACAACCACGUGAAGGACAUGGUGUCGUUUGUGACCUGUGGCAGCUGCUCCGAGUCCGGCGCAGGCGGAGACGCGCGCAAACGGAGGAGGAUGGACGGCGACCGCCUCCCAGCAGAGACGUUCGCGUCAGCCGAGCUCCAGCGAACGUCCCGGCAGAGGAAACAGAAGCUGAAGUCCAAACUGAGCGACUCCGGCUUCGAGGAUGACCUGGACUCGUCCCCGGCGUGGACAGACCGGACCCCGCUCCGCUCCGAGACGCAGUCCCCCGUGGAACGCGUGUCCAGCUGGUACCUGCAGUACGGAGACGUCGGCUACAGCAUCCAGAGGGAGAAAGAGGCUCGCUUUCAUCCCUGCAGCAGCUUGGCACGUCAGCCGCAACUGACCGCCGAGGCGAGGUGCAGGCUCGUCAGCUGGCUCGUGCCCGUGCACAAACACCUGCGCCUGUCCUUCGAGUGCUGCUGCCUGGCGGUGAACAUCGUGGACCGGUUCCUGGCCUCCACGGCGGUGGCCGCCGACUGCUUCCAGCUGCUGGGCGUCACGGCGCUGCUGCUGGCCAGCAAACAGGUGGAGGUGUGCUCGCCGCGGAUCAGCCGCCUCCUGGCGCUGUGCUGCGACGCCUUCACCAGGGAGCAGCUCUGCAACCUGGAGUGCCUCGUCCUGCUCCGCCUCGGCUUCUGCCUCGCCGCGCCCACGCUGGCCUUCUUCCUCGACUAUUACGCCAACUGCAUUGAGACGGCGCUGCUCGUGACUGAAAACGCAGACAACGAGCGGAUCCCCAUAAUGAACUCACGCUCACAAUCACAAUUCCAGGGGCAGUGCGUAAAACUUGCCCAGAGGGUGUGCGAGUUGAGCCUCGCAGACUACGCUUUCAACAAAUACCCUCCGUCCCUGACGGCGAGCUGUGCUCUGACCGUAGCCCGUGAGCUGCUGAGAGCUGAGCAGGGGCCCGUCGAUCACGCACGAGCCCUGUGGGCCCGUUCUGUGGCCCAACCAGCCGAGAGCCCCGAGGCCUUUAGGCGCCUUCACCUUCAAACCCUGAAGGGUCACGUCCCUCCUGUGGACCAGGAACGCUGUGACGCUCUCGCCCAGGAAUGCAAAGACAACCUGAAGUUGUUGGUGUCAUUAAACCAGGAGUCGCUGGAAGUGACGGCCACCGUGUAGCUGCAAUGUGCCACUUUUAAACCCAAACCUCACAUCCAUUUCUAUUGGGGGUUAUUGAUAGAAGUGAGGAUCAUGUAUGUGCUAGUCUGGCGUUCAUCCAGUCCUGCUCAGAAAAAAACAUUUACUGUAUGAUGUAGCUCAUGGAGAUACUUGACAUAAUUCAAUGUUUUACAAUGUAGAAUUGUUGUUUUAUAUUUAUUGCUAAGUUGUAAUUUGUCAGCGAUGAAAAUUAUAUUAAUAUAUUACAUUUAUUUCAUUGUAUUAUCUUGAAAUCCUCUUUUACUGUGAAAGUUGUGACACUGCUGCAAUAUCUUUGAUGAAGGUUCUGACAAAAUGUGCUGUGAUGUAACAAUUGUUGUAUGAAAUAAAUGCUAAGUUAAUGAACUUGUGUUGUUUCCUGUGAAGGGUGACCUAAAC